UCAUCAAGUGAGAAGGACGCACAGCUUGGCUGUUUUCAUCCGAACCUUUUAUCAAUAGAUCACGCCAUCAUGAGAAAAAUGGGGCUGAAAGGGAAAUACCUAUGUUUGUUGCUGCUUGUUUUCCCACUGUGCUGCAUUGUGGACGGCAUGAAAAAUACGAGGAAUCGGAACAUUGAUGCAGUGACCCACGGGACCCAAGUGAAGACCAAACGACUAUUUGCAAGACAAAAGACCUCAAUGCCAAUGGAGAGUCCCAGUCCUAAAUUCAGGUCAGUGAUCAUAGCGCCAGUACGUCGCUGCGGCCUCCCGAGAGAGAGCUGCUCCUCCUCCUGUGAGCCGUGCUGCGGCCCCUGCUCCUUCUGCCGUUGUCGAUUCUUCAAUGCCAUCUGCCACUGCUGGAAGAUGAAGCCUCCGUGCUUGAUGAGGAGGAAAAUUCCAUGCAAGCACGGGCGUUAAGUAAACAUCCCGGAAUCAUGUGGGGUGCGGCAAGAAGAAAGAGUAUGACAAACUGAGACAAAGCUAAUUGAUGAAGUCUCUCAUGCUGAUAUUAUAGGGAUGAUGAAGUAUGCGAUUAGAAUGGCCCAUGAGCAUUUUUCUGGUAUAUAAAUAAUAUAUGAUAAUAUACAAGGAAAAAAAAAACAUUACAAAAGAGAAUAGCCAAAUAUUGACAUAUUAUGUGAGGAUGUCGCUGUAGCAAAGGAUAAGUGCUGUAUUCCAAUGUUUUGUUUAAUAAUGCUUUUCUGAAAUGCAUGACAGUUUAAUUUGAAUCCCAUUAAAAUUUAAUUUUA